AUGCAAGAAGGAGUGUUUGUCAACUGCAAGAUUGCUCAGCAGAGAGAAAAAGCUUCGCCGCCUCAUGAAACACGGAUAGGAAUUAUCCGUGGGUGCGCGCUAGUGACGUUUGUGGCUGCCCGGCUGGCUGGCUGCUUUGCUUUGUUUACAGUGGAUUGGAAUUCUGGAUUUGGGACAGCUCGACAUUGGUCACUAUCAAAAGCAAUUGAUGAAGUAGGAGCUUUGACCACGGGCCAACAACGAAUGCGCUCAAUCAAUUGGGAGGGGAAUAUUCCGUUAUCCAGAUGUCACUCCCGGAAAUCUGAUAUCCCGAGAUCUGUUAGAGGUAUAAUUGAGAACGUUAGAUUGGCGCGGAAACUCCGUUCUAUGGGCCAUGGGGGUGUAUGGAUGUAUGAGGUUGAUCGUAGGGGUUAG